AUGCCCCAAGUCGAUCAAACCCGUUUGGAGAAAUUGCAAACCAUGCGACGAGCGAUUAACUGGGAGAUUGAAGAAGAACGUCGCUAUUUUUUCCGUCCACUUGAUACCUUGGUCAAAAAUUGGAUGCAGCAACUCCCGAAUCUCCGAGACAUUUUUCGGCCCGAUGAAAUCGAUUGGCUUCUCAAGGAGUCCGUGUGGAGGCAUUCCUCGUCGUUCAUUUACUUUGCAAUUCGCACCGGCUACAAGGACGAGCCCACGCUAGAUCAAGACGACGUGAAUUACAUCGACGAAUCUGGAUUAACGCACUAUCACGUGGCCUGCAAGCAGGGCCUCCAGGACGUCGUUCGAGGAUUCCUCGAGCUCGGCCAGGAUCCCAAUGGCAUCCAGCCAGGAACGGGCGAUUCACCGCUGCACUUUGCCGGAUUGACACCUUUGCACAUCAUCUACAAGGAGAGCACGGCCAAGAUGUUGUUCGAGCUGAGCAAUGAGCGGUAUCGUCCGGUGCUGGUCGAUGCUCGGGACAACGAGGGUUGGACGGCGCUGCACGUGGCUCUCGCCGAAGGCUGCAAGAAGACGGCUGAAUUGAUGCUGAGACUGGGCGCCGAUCCAAAUCUAGCCAAUGCCGAGGGAGAGACUCCUCUGCACGUGAUUUGUGAUUUGUCUGACAUCGAAAGGCAUGGAUGGCGUGGCGGAAUCGUUCAUCAAGGUCUGCGAUGA